AUGCUAAUGUUGAAACGAGCCUGUCUCUUGUUCAAACCCAGACUUGUCGUUACUCUCCGAACACUCUCUUCAUCAAGCUACAUCGAUCGUCACAUUAGUGUGAUUCUCUGUAAUGAAAUCUCAACUCUAGAAUCUCUCCGGCAACACAACGCUCUUAUCAUCACAAGAGGAAAUUCGGACAAUAUCUUCGUAGCUUCGAAGCUAAUUUCAUCUUACGCUUCGUUCGGGAAACCAAAUAUAUCAUCCAAAGUCUUCUCCUUGGUUCGUCAAAGAGAUGUCUUUCUAUGGAACUCCAUCAUCAAAGCACAUUUCUCCAAUAAAGAUUAUCCAAAAGCGCUGUCUUUCUUCUUCUCGAUGCUUUUGUCUUCCCAAUCCCCUGAUCAUUUCACUGCUCCGAUGGUUGUUUCCGCUUGUGCGGAGCUUUUUUGGUACGAUGUUGGGAGAUUCGUUCACGGUUUGGUUUCGAAACACGGAGGAUUAGAACGAAGCUCUGCAGUGGGAGCUUCUUUUGUUUAUUUUUACUCAAAGUGUGGGUUUUUGGAAGAUGCGUGUCAUGUAUUCGACGAAAUGCCUAAGAGAGAUGUGGUUGCUUGGACUGCGGUUAUAUCUGGCCAUGUUCAGAAUGGAGAGAGUGAGAGAGGUCUUGAGUAUCUUUGUAAGAUGCAUAGUGUUGGUUCUGAUGAUGAGAAGCUGAAUGCAAGAACGUUGGAAUGUGGGUUCCAAGCUUGUGCGAAUUUGGGAGGUUUGAAAGAAGGAAGGUGUCUUCAUGGGUUUGCGGUCAAAAAUGGUUUAGCUUCUUCCAAUAUUGUCAGGUCGUCGAUUUUUUCGUUGUAUACAAAAUGUGGGAGUUCAGCUGAGGCUUAUCUUUCUUUCCGUGAGCUUGGUGGUGGUGAUGAUGAAGAUGUGUUUUCAUGGACUUCGAUUAUAGCUUCACUGGCGAGAUCGGGGAACAUGGAGGGAAGUUUCAGUAUGUUUUUGGAAAUGCAGAGAAAGGGAAUACAGCCAGAUGGAGUUGUUAUUAGUUGUUUGAUUAACGAGUUAGGUAAGAUGAUGCUUGUCUCUGAAGGUAAAGCCUUUCACGGCUUUGUCAUAAGGCGUUGUUUUGCUUUAGAUGGUACAGUUUGCAGUUCGUUGUUGUCCAUGUACUGCAAAUUUGAGCUUCUCUCUGUGGCUGAGAAGCUUUUCUGUAGGAUACGUGACGAAGGAGACAGAGAGGUUUGGAAUACAAUGAUUAAAGGCUACGGUAAAAUGAAAUGUGAUGUGAAGUGCAUCGAGUUACUUGGAAAGAUUCUGAAUCUCGGCAUUGAAGUUGACUCUGGUAGUUUGGUCUCUGUCAUAUCUUCAUGUUCACACAUAGGAGCAGUGCUACUAGGGAAGUCUUUGCAUUGCUAUGCUGUCAAAACUAGUUUUGAUCUCAACACUUCAGUGGUCAACUCCCUCAUUGAUUUGUAUGGAAAGAUGGGAGAUUUGACUGUGGCUUGGAGGAUGUUUAGUGAAGCAGAUAAGAACAUCGUUGUAACUUGGAACUCAAUGAUUGCUUCUUAUGUUCACUGUGAGAGAUCCGACAAGGCCAUUGCGUUGUUCGAUAGAAUGAUCUCUGAGAAUCUCAAACCCACUUCAAUAACUUUGGUGACUGUGCUUAUGGCUUGUGCCAAUACUGGAUCUCUAGAGAAAGGGCAAAAGAUUCAUCACUACAUCACCGAAACAGAGCAUGAGAUGAAUCUUUCUCUCACAACUGCUCUGAUCGACAUGUACGCGAAAUGUGGACAGCUUGAAAAGUCAAGACAACUGUUUAACGCUGUGAAACAAAAGGAUGCCGUUUGCUGGAAUGUAAUGAUCUCAGGCUACGGAAUGCACGGAAACGUAGAAUCUGCUAUAGAGCUUUUUGAAAAGAUGGAAGAGUCUGAUGUUGAACCAACGGGGCCUACAUUUCUCGCACUUCUAUCAGCUUGCACGCACGCAGGUUUAGUCGAACAAGGGAAAAAACUAUUCCUCAAGAUGCAACAGUACAACGUGAAACCAAACUUGAAGCAUUACUCUUGCCUUGUGGAUCUUCUAUCCCGGUCUGGUAACUUGGAGGAAGCUGAAAGGACAGUGAUGUCAAUGCCGUUCUCGCCAGAUGGGGCUAUAUGGGGAACUAUGUUGAGCUCAUGCAUGAGUUAUGAGGAGUAUGAGAUGGGGAUACGAAUGGCGGAGCUUGCGGUGGCUAGUGGUCCGGAGAACGAUGGGUAUUAUAUAAUGCUUGCGAACAUGUACAGUGCUGCAGGUAGGUGGGAAGAGGCGGAGAGGGCAAGAGAGGUGAUGAAGGAAAGUGGUGUUGGGAAGAAAGCUGGACAUAGUGUAGUCUAUUAG